AUGUCUGAUAUAUUAGAUCAACUAGAUCAAAAACUAAGUGUAGGACUAAAUAAACCCAAGAACACAGCCUUAACACUUGCUUUGAUACGAUUCUAUAUAAAGAACAACUCGUUACUUGCAUUUUCCACUUAUCUACAAGCUAUCGGAGCCAAAGAUACACAGUUAACGAAUGAAAUAUAUCGUAUUAUCAACGACAACAUAGGUCGACUAGAGACGCUAUUGAAGGAAGGAGACGGCAAAUUGAGUGAAAAGCAUGUAGAAAUACCAAAGACCAAGACGAAACCAAGUGAUAAGAAGAAGGUUAUACAGUUUAAUUUUGAGGAUGAAGAUGAAUUGGAAGACUUAGUACUACCACUAGAUAAACCAGGAAAUGCAGCUUCUACUAUAUCUGACUUUAAAAGGGAAAAACCAAAGUUUAAGAAAAUAAAAAAAGAGAAAGCUAUGAUGAUAAGAGAGGAAGCUAGAACCAGCCAAACAGAGAAGAGAGUUGAAAGUACUACGCCCUCGAUACCCAAGGUAAUUGAUGAAAAAAUCAUCUCUAAGAAUGUACCGAUGUCACUCUCUGAGCUAGCCGAACAAGAACGUAAUGACUCUUCUAUCAAUUCUACAAUUUCAACACCAGUAUCUACGUUUGACGAUGUGUUUAGCUCAACUGAUCCCAAUGAUAUAGAAUUGGAUCGAGAGUGGUACACCGCAGAAGAGUAUGGUCAAGUGGCGCAGGAUCAUGAUGAUUACUAUAGCUAUGAAGAUGAUGUUAAGGACAAAAAUGGUCGCACCGUGAUCCAAAAGAAGAGACAGAAUAUUUCAUCGGCAAGCGGUGGUUCUUUUGAUAGAAUCACAGGUGAGUAUAUCGAUCACGACCACGAUGAGAAUCUGAACAAUACAACCGACAUAACAAGAAUACCAAUUACUUCACACUACCUAGUACCUCCGUUUUUGAGGAAAUUUCAAGAGUAUUUAUCUGUAGUGGAGUUUGGCUCAUUAUCGAAGAGCAUAGGACCAAUGAUAGACCCAAUAAAGGAGCCACUGUCCGAACUUGCUGUAGCUGCUCGCCAUGGUAGCUCUGUAGUUCGGGAAAGAAAAAGUAACAGAGAGAAAGCAAAGCAAGCAAGAGAAAGGUCAGGAAUAGAUGGAACAAGAAUGGGUAAUGUGUUGCAAGUUGACAACGCAAGAACUGACAAUGAAGAACAAAAUAGCGAUAUCGAAGACGAAGAAGAUGCCGAGGAAGUAGGUGUUCACAAGAGUAUGAAAUUGCAACGUACCUUUUUACCUGUCUUUUCAGUUAGGAGCAAGUUACUCCAAACCAUUUCAGAGAAUCAAGUCAUAAUUGUAGUCGGUGAAACAGGUUCGGGUAAGACUACCCAGUUAACCCAAUAUUUGCACGAAGAAGGUUAUACUCACGAAAAGAAAGUAAUUGGGUGUACUCAGCCUAGAAGAGUUGCUGCGAUGUCUGUAGCUAAAAGGGUUAGUGAAGAAAUGGAUUGUAGAUUAGGAAGCGAAGUAGGGUACUCAAUUAGAUUUGAAGAUGUGACUACGUCAAAAACGGUAAUCAAGUAUUUAACUGAAGGUAUUUUACUUAGAGAGGUGUUAGCUGACCCAUCUCUUGAAAAUUAUCUGUGUAUUAUCAUGGAUGAAGCCCAUGAGAGAUCCUUGAAUACUGAUGUAUUGUUGGGACUUUUUAAAACUACCGUAUUACCGAGAAGAAGAGAUUUGAAGUUGAUUAUAACAAGUGCAACUAUGAAUGCCGAUCGAUUUUCAAAUUUUUUCGGUGAUGCACCCCAAUUUACUAUUCCAGGUCGUACAUACCCGGUUGAUGUCUUGUAUAGUAGACUGGGAGCAUCUGAUUAUGUUGAUACAGCAGCAAAGCAAGUUUUGAGUAUUCAUUUACUGAAAUGGCUAGAAUAUAAGGGUAUCAACGAUGGAGAUAUAUUGGUAUUUAUGACUGGUCAAGAUGAUAUCGAGGCAACGGUGGAUUGUAUCAAGGAAAAAUUGGAGUUGUUGGAUAAGCCUCCCCCAAUUGAUAUAUAUCCUAUAUAUUCUUCUAUGCCUGCUGAUUUACAACAGAAGAUUUUCAGAAAAUUGAAUAGGAUAAGGAGAAAGUGUGUUGUUGCUACUAAUAUUGCGGAAACCUCUCUUACAGUCGAUGGAAUCAAGUAUGUCGUCGACUCUGGGUUAUCCAAAGUUAAAGUAUACAAUGCUAAAUUGGGGAUGGACACAUUACAAGUGGUUCCAGUAUCGUUGGCAAACGCACAACAAAGAAGUGGAAGAGCUGGUAGAACUGGGCCAGGUACUGCUUUUAGAUUGUACACCGAAAGAGCCACUAGUAGUGAGCAGAUGUACACGCAACCAAUACCUGAAAUCCAGAGGACCAAUUUAAGUAAUGUGUCAUUAAUGUUAAAAUCAAUGAAAGUGGGGCAAAUUAGUGAUUUUCCUUUCUUGGACCCGCCUCCUCAAGAUUUGUUGAGCUGUUCUCUAUAUGAGUUAUGGAGUAUGGGUGCCUUAAAUAAUUUUGGUGAAUUAACGGCAUUAGGAGAAAACAUGAACUUAUUCCCUAUGGAACCAUCGCUUGCCAAGCUAAUUUGGCUACUGGUUGAUCCGAAAUUUCAUUGUCUGGAAGAAAUUCUUAUCAUAGUAUCAAUGCUCUCUGUGCCUUCGUGUUAUUAUAGACCGAAGGAGAGAGCUCAAGAAGCUGACAUGAUUAGAGACAAAUUCACAGUUCUGGAGUCUGAUCACUUAACUUUUUUGAAUAUAUUCAGACAAUGGGAAGCAGUACCACCCAAAAAGAGAGAAACCUGGUGCACCAAGAACUUCUUCCAUGCUAGGUCCUUAAACAAAUCAAAAGAUAUUCGUCAACAGCUAUUGGCCAUAAUGCAGAAGUUGCGUUUACCUAUUAUGAGAGCUAAGGAUGACACUGAUAUUAGGAAGUGUUUGUGUGCUGCCUUCUUCCAGCAACUGGCCAAAUUAGUCAAGUCAAAUGUUAGAACAGGUGGUGCCGAAUAUGUCAAUUUGCGUCAUAACUAUAUGAAAAUGUUCUUGCAUCCUACAUCUUCUUUGAAUAGCGAGAUGUCUCCUCCACUGUAUGUAAUAUACCAAGAAUUGAUAUUGACCACGAAGGAAUACAUGAGUUGUGUUACUGCGGUAGAUCCACUUUGGUUACUAGAAUACGGAAGUAUUUUCUAUGGCGUGCUGAAAAAUGUCCAUGAAAAGAUUAAAGACGAGUUAACUUAUACUAGUAAGGGUGAACUUGAGUCAAAAUUAGACAAAGAUGAGAUGGAGUACCUAGAUAGAGAACAAAAGGCAAAAUUCAAGAAAAAGAGACCGAUAGUCGAAGGUAAUAGGUUCAAAAAAUUCAACCGGGGGUUUUGA